AUAUCGGAAAACAUCAUGUGUGUGAGGUGAAAGAAACAUGAUGAGAGAAUUAUGCAAUUUACUACAAAUCAAAGAGAUAAUAAUCCAUAAAAUACAUAUGAGUGAAAGCCGUAAGUGAGGAAAAAUGAUUCGCAGAAAUAGGACAAAGUAUAAGCUGUUCAUGAUCGCUUUCAUCCUGGGCUCAACAAUAUUAUAUUGUGAAUUUCUUGCCUAUGAAAUUCAACGUUUUAAAUGGUCUGGGAGGGAAUGCAACGAAUGCGUCAAGGUAUUGCUUGUUGCAGAUCCACAGAUACUGGGAGAAAAAAAUGAAAAUUAUUUUGGCGCGUGGUUUGCUCGGUGGGACAACGAUAGAUAUUUGGCGAAAACAUUUACUAGGGCCAUGAGCCAUGCCCAACCCGAUGUGAUAGUAUUUCUUGGAGAUCUCAUGGACGAGGGUCACAUCUCCACAAUGCAAGAUUUUAGUAGAUAUAAAAGUAGAUUUGAUCGUAUAUUUCAAACGCCUGAGCAUAUUUUGACAAUUUAUUUGCCAGGCGAUAAUGACAUUGGUGGGGAGGAAGACAGUGUGUCAGCAGCUAUUCACAACAGAUUUAAAUUUGCAUUUUCUCAGCCAGACUAUCUGACCCACAAAAGUUUGAGUUUUUACAAGGUAAAUCGAUUGACUCACUAUAUGCCAAAAGCGCCUGAAGAUGCCUUUCUCAGUGAAUAUACAGAAAGAAAUACAACGAAUAUUAUACUCAGUCAUAUGCCAUUGUUAUUCUCAUCUGGUUCAUUUGUAAAAAAUGUAAUUAAGGAACUCUCACCCCAGGUGAUUUUCACAGCUCAUGAGCACAAAGCCAUGCACCUGAGCCUCGAUACAACGAUAGAUGAAUUGAGUGAUAUUUGGGUCUUACCACCUCAUGAAACCUCUCUUUAUCAGCUGCGUUUAGACAUGGGUGAUAUACAUGAAUUACAAAUACCGACUUGUUCGUACAGAAUGGGAACAGUCAACAUGGGCUACGGAUUGGCCUAUAUCGAUACCCAUGAAAAAUCAGUGGACUUUACAAUAUUGUGGCUGCCUGAAAGAUUUCCUAAACUGAAAGGAUACCUCUGGGUAUUCUCGAUCGUUAUGACUUUCAUUCUGUCUAGUUUUAUCUGCAACUGCUGUGCCUGGUCAACUCACGUGGCCUAUUCACACUUACCUGCUGUGUAGUGAUAUUGAAAAUUAUGUCAUACUAAUUUAAUCAGCCUUUUUUAAAUAGAAAGAUACAAAAACUGAUGUGCGUUCCAUCCUCUAGUAUAUAGGAAAUUCUCAGAUUUUAUUAAUAACUUUAAGGAAUUAUAUUGGUAAAAAGCGUAGAAGAAAAACAUUCAACUGACAAUAAAUAAAGAGGUGAGUAAAAAUGGAUGUAAAUACAUUAUUUAAUUAUCCCAUAUCCAUGUCACUUCAAUACAAAACAAUUUCCAGAAUAAGACAGCUCACAAAUCACAAUAGUCGAUGCCAACUUAAUUCUAGUUUCUCUUUUUUUUAUUGGUUAGUGAAAUGAAUUAGUCUUAAUGCUAUGGUAUGGUAAUGGAUAAUUAUUUUUAUCACUAUAAUGAUGGUAAAUACAUCAAACUUAAAGCUGGAAAUAGUCAGUGGAGAGAGGUUAAGACAGUGAAGGUGUUCAAUAUCUAGAAGAUUAAACAGUUAUUAUGAUGUCUUUUCGAUAAAGUAAGUAGGCAAUGGAUGCCCACACUACUGUUGUCCAGACAUUCAUAGCGAGUGCUGUAGCAUGAGAAGCAUCAUUCACUUCCCAGGCCCAGGGGAAGCUCUUCAUUGUAAAGUAGUGACCAACGUACAGAAAAAGGGCAUUAGCACCCGCAUAAAUUAAUGGCCUUCCAUUCCAAAUUUUUCUGUGAUCAAUAAUAUAGUAUAAAAUGCCGAAGAGUAAGAAGGCAAAGCAGCAAGUGGUGAGGACGAAUGACAAUGACAUGAUAUUUUUACUAACGGGAAUGACGCCUCCUUUGCUCCAGUUACAAAGAAAACCAGCCACCAAUCC